UUUUCUUCUUUACCUGUCCAGGUAGCCUCUGCUUUCAUUUUAGUCUUAAUGAAAACUUUUAAAUUUACAUCUCAAGUUCCUAUUCAAAGCAGUCGAGAACUGAAACGAAUGGGGAUUGAGCUGCUUUGCUUCUUCUUUCUGUUUCUUGGAAGGGAUGAGAGCGUACAAGGUGGCUGUGCCACGGGAGGUGCAGAGACCUGUGGUGACUGCUUGCUCAUUGGACCGCAGUGUGCCUGGUGCUCCCAGGAGAAUUUUACUCACCCAUCUGGAGUUAGUGAAAGGUGUGAUACCCCAGCAAACCUUUUAGCCAAAGGAUGUCAAUUAACCUUCAUUGAAAACCCUGUCUCCCAAGUGGAAAUACUCAAAAAUAAGCCUCUCAGUGUAGGCAGACAGAAGAAUAGUUCUGAUAUUGUUCAGAUUGCGCCUCAAAGCUUGAUUCUUAAAUUGAGACCAGGCAGCGAACAGACGCUGCAAGUGCAAGUCCGCCAGACUGAGGAUUACCCAGUGGACUUGUAUUACCUCAUGGACCUCUCUGCCUCCAUGAAUGAUGACCUCAACACAAUCAAAGAGUUGGGCUCUCUGCUUUCCAAGGAGAUGUCUAAAUUGACUAGCAACUUUAGACUGGGCUUUGGAUCUUUUGUGGAAAAGCCCGUCUCCCCUUUUAUGAAAAUAACACCAGAGGAAAUUGCUAACCCUUGCAGUAGUAUUCCAUACUCCUGCUUACCUACAUUUGGAUUCAAGCACAUUCUGCCAUUGACAAGUGAUGCUGAAAGAUUCAAUGAAAUUGUGAAAAAUCAGAAAAUCUCUGCUAAUAUUGACACACCUGAAGGUGGAUUUGAUGCAAUUAUGCAAGCUGCUGUGUGUAAGGAAAAAAUUGGCUGGAGGAAUGAUUCACUCCAUCUCUUGGUAUUUGUGAGUGACGCCGAUUCGCAUUUUGGAAUGGACAGCAAACUGGCAGGUAUUGUCAUUCCCAACGAUGGGCUCUGUCACUUGGACAACAAGAAUGAAUACUCCAUGUCAACUGUCAUGGAAUACCCAACAAUUGGACAACUCAUUGAUAAAUUGGUGCAAAACAAUGUGUUACUGAUCUUUGCUGUAACCCAAGAACAAGUACCAUUAUAUGAGAAUUAUGCAAAACUUAUUCCUGGAACCACAGUGGGGCUGCUCCACAAGGACUCUGGAAACAUCCUCCAGUUGAUCAUCUCAGCUUAUGAAGAACUGCGGUCUGAGGUGGAGCUGGAAGUAUUAGGAGACACAGAGGGACUCAACCUCUCCUUCACAGCUGUCUGUAGUAAUGGUACCCUACUCCCACACCAAAAGAAAUGCUUGCACAUGAAAGUGGGAGAAACCGCUUCAUUCAAUGUGACUAUGAGUAUACCAAACUGUGAGAGAAAAAGCAGGCACAUUGUCAUAAAGCCUGUGGGACUGGGGGACACCCUGGAACUCCUUGUCAGCCCAGAAUGCAGCUGCAACUGUCAGAAAGAAGUGGAAGUGAACAGCUCCAAAUGCCACGAUGGGAACGGAUCCUUCCAGUGUGGGGUGUGCACCUGUAACCCCGGCCACAUGGGCCCUCACUGCGAGUGUGGCGAGGACACACUGAGCACAGAUUCCUGCAAAGAGACCCCUGACAGUCCGUCGUGCAGUGGAAGGGGUGACUGCUACUGUGGGCAGUGCAUCUGUCACUUGUCUCCCUAUGGAAACAUUUAUGGACCUUACUGCCAGUGUGACGAUUUCUCCUGUGUGAGACACAAAGGGCUACUCUGUGGAGAUAACGGCGACUGUGAGUGUGGUGAGUGCGUGUGCAGGAGUGGCUGGACUGGCGAGUACUGCAACUGCACAACCAGCACGGACCUGUGCGUCUCCGAAGACGGCUUGCUCUGCAGCGGGCGAGGGGACUGCGUGUGCGGCGAGUGUGUCUGCACGGACCCUGGAGCCUCAGGAGCCACCUGUGAACGAUGUCCUACCUGUAGUGACCCCUGUAACUCUAAACGGAGCUGCAUUGAAUGCCACCUGUCUGCAGAUGGCCAGCCUGGAGAAGAAUGUGUGGACAAAUGCAAACUAGCAGGUGUAACCAUCAGCGAUGAAGAUUUCUCAAAGGAUAGCACUGUUUCCUGCUCCCUGCAAGGAGAAAAUGAAUGCCUUAUUACAUUCCUAAUAAGUACAGAUAACGAGGGGAACACCAUCAUUCACAGCAUCAAUGAAAAAGACUGCCCAAAACCUCCAAACAUUCCCAUGAUCAUGUUGGGGGUUUCACUGGCUAUUCUUCUCAUCGGGGUUGUCCUUCUGUGCAUUUGGAAGCUGCUGGUGUCAUUUCAUGACCGUAAAGAAGUUGCCAAAUUUGAAGCAGAGCGAUCAAAGGCUAAGUGGCAGACAGGAACCAAUCCACUGUACAGAGGCUCUACUAGUACUUUUAAAAAUGUAACCUAUAAACACAGGGAAAAACAAAAGACAGACCUUUCCACAGAUGGGUAAACUACUUCAUGCAUGGGAAAAACAUCGUUUCACCGAUAUAAAAGGUUAAUGCACUAUUUUUCUUUCUUGCUUGCUUCAAAAGGAGGCUGGUUGAAGAUAAUCAUAGGUCGUUUGGAGAUCAGUCAUUCUUUGUGUGACCAUGAGACACUGUUGACAGCUUCAAAAUAAUCAAGGAGAGGCAUUUCCUUAGCAAAAAGUGACUUUGGAGAUUAUUUGAGGAAUAGUAAUUCUGUUGCAUUAAUGUCUCAAAAAAUUCCUCACAAUGAUUUAUGGGGGCCUCAUUUGCAUUUGAAAAAUGUUUGAAAUUAGAAUCUCAUUUGUUUCAGGAAUACAGCUACCUAAAGUUUUUGUCUUGGCAAAGUCAUAAACUCCUUAUGCUCACACUGCCAGUUAUUCUAAACUUGUGGCAAAUCUGCCCUUUCCUAAAGAAGCACUUUUAAAAACUCUUAAGAAACAAGAUUCUGAUUUUGCUUUAGACGAAAAGAAGCAAUUCUUCCAAAGAUAGUUCAAAUGUAUGGUGGAAAAUUGAGUUUUAG